GUGCUUUCCACCGGAGAGCCCUGCGACCUUUGUUCGGUGCUGCAACGCAAGGUGGCGCCACCAGCUUCCGAAUCGAGACUGCUGGGGAAGACCAUUCCUCCGAGGGGCCCAAGCCAAGUAUUUACAACGCCUGCAUAGACUAAAAGCAAUGGACCUUUCUACGGAGACCGAUGACGUACGUUUCGAGGCUGGCCAGAUUUUGAAGGAGGUAAGCAGAUACUGUCCGGAUGGUGAAUGCCACCAGCAACACUGGCCCUACGACAGCUUGCCGUUCCUGCAACAACUGCGGAUUGCACACCUGCAUGCCCUUGGAAGAUUGCGUGAAGGGGAGCCUGUUGGGCCACAGAAGAGCGGCAGGCUGGAGUAUCCAAGUCCAGCAGAGUUCAAGAGGUGGCUCAGCUGGAAGAACAGGAGCCUGACGAAUCCCAUGGAUUGCUGCGGGCUGGAAGUAGAGACUCAAAAACCACCGAAACUGUUUCCAACGCCCUUUUUGGACGAGUAUUAUGAACAGAAGUGGCCUCCGGCGUUGACGUCGAAGAACCGGGUCGGUCGAGAUCUCUUCUCAUGCCAGAGCGUGUUGUCUGAAAUUUCAUUGCAUGAGCUGGUGGUUCUGUACAUCCGUGCGGGGUCACCUGCCUACAUCUUGCGCGAACGAAAGGCUUUACCCCCCAGGGCCCAUGCCCGAUACUUGAAGUGGAGUGAGAGAUGCACACAUCACUACAGCACGUCUGAUCGCCCCGAGUUUUGGACGCAAAGUCUGCUUAGCUUCAAGCCUAAUGCUGUCCAGGCAGAGCCCCGACAGGAUCCGCUGUUUAUGGACAUACUGCCUGCGGAGAGCGCUAUUUAUCCAGAGGGGCGGGCAGCAUCCAAGCGCUUCGGAGUUCUUGCCAACUGCGCCCAUCGGACUCGGAAGAACUGUCGCUUGGCAGUGGGCCUUUGGCAAUGCUACACAGAAAGGCAUUCAAACGACACAGAGAUCUGGUACCGAGAACAAACUGCCGAUUUCCACAGCGAGACAGAUCUCAGGUGCAGCUCAGGCGCCCGUGGCAAAGACUUGGCGAGGCAGUGUGGGACUGAGGGGCUGGAUUGCGAAGAGACGGAAAAGAGUUCCUUUCACUACUGGCGCACAUCCUUCAACGCACUGACAUUUAACAGCAUGUGCAUGCUCCAUCAUGAUGCUUUACUUGACAACAAGCGCACAAAAGUUCGUGUGGGUGCAGAUGUUUUCGGACGGUAUGAAUGGCACCUGCUUGUGGACGGAGGAGAUGUUAGCAUCGGCCCAGGUUGCUUUGACCAAAGCCUCUCAAAAAUUAUCUCCAUGGCCCCACUUGAAGCGGAUAUAAUUGCAAAGGAUCCGAGUGACUUGGAAGAUAGCAACGGAGGAGUCGUUCUAGUACGUCGCUCGCCCUUGGGCAAGUUGUUCCUAGACCUGAUGCUGGACAAGACAAGCUGGCCGUUGCAGCUCAUCGGAAGUGGUUGCUAUUGUGACCAACCCAGUAUGAACGAAGCGAUUCUGGAGAUAGUUGCGUGGGAGACAGGCGCGGAGUACAACUCAGACUGCUUGCCGCACUUAUUUGUUGAGCCCAGCGAAGAUGGCAACUUUGGGUGCCACUACAUGACCCAUUUGCUCUGCUUCAAGACAAAUCUGCGACGCAUGACAGGACCUUUCGGAAAUCGCAGCAGUCGCAAGAUCUUCUUCCUGCCGCCGCACCGGGCGGCAGACAUAAAUUUCCGGCCGGCUGGCAAUGUGCCGAAUCGAGCGACAGAGGGCAACCUAGCCCACUUCCACUGGAGGCCUUUUAUAUGGCAUUGGAACAGCUAUCAAUCGAAGCAUCCGGUUAUGUUGAAGCACCAUGGAAUCGAAGAGAAUGCUGAGAUGACCUUGCCACCGGGCAUCUCCAUCGACGUCAUCGCUUUCAUCGGUAUUCAUGAUGAGGACGCUGCCA